AUGUCAAUACCAGCAAAGAAGAAGAAAAAGAAGCCUGCCUACAGCUCAGAUGACGACAGGUUUUCGUCUGAUGGUGGUUUUGAUGAUGAUGGUCCUAAUGUAUAUAAGGCACAAGAUCGUAAAGAGGAGCGCGCGUUGCAGUUCUUCAAUGAGGCAGGCAUGUUGGAAUUGCAAGAGUUGACAGGAUGUUCCAAGACACAAGCAACGGGUGUAAUUGGUUUACGUCCAUUUGACAACUAUGAUCAUCUUUGUGUAACCCUCCGUAAGACUAAGGGUGUGGGCGAAAAAAUGGUGAACAACUACCUGACGACCACAGAUGCCAUUCGUGCGGUGGACACAAUGCUCAAGACAGUUGAUCGAGUGCGUGAGGAUUUAGCUAGCACACUGAGCGUUUGGUGUGGAGGCGAAAACGGAAAGCUCUUUGGAAGUCCUCAGAACUUAAAACUGGCUGAACGCAAAAGCGAAGAUAGCAAAAAAGAAGGGGAUAAGGACGUUGAGGAUGGGGAAGACGAAAGUCCUGGCAUGGAACUGCUUGAGCUGGAUGCAGAUAAGCUUGAGCAGACUGAGGAAGGCAGAAAGGCGAUGAAAGGAUUCAUCCGUCAGCAACCUAGUAACAUGGCGCCCGGAUUUCAACUUAAAGGUUACCAACUUUUGGGAGUUAACUGGUUGGCUCUUCUAUGGCGCAAAAAACUGUCUGGCAUUUUGGCGGACGAGAUGGGUCUGGGAAAAACGGCGCAAGUGAUUGCAUUUUUGGCACAUCUCCUUGAGAAUGGAGAGGAAGGCCCAUUUUUGAUCAUUGUACCAUCCUCAGUGUUGGACAACUGGCUCCGGGAGUUCGCAAACUUUUGUCCCAGCAUUAAUGUCAGAUGUUACUAUGGAUCUCAAGCAGAGCGUGAGGAGAUGCGAUAUGAUUUGGAGGAGGAUAACUCUUAUAAUGUCAUUGUCACGACCUAUGCCAUAGCCACAGGCAACAAUGAUGAACGCAAAUUUUUGAAUCGCCGUCGAUUCAAGGGUAUUGUUUUAGAUGAAGGCCAUAUGCUCAAGAAUUGUACAAGUGCACGGUACAAGCAAUUGAUGUCGAUCAAGACGCCCUUUCGGUUACUCUUGACGGGAACGCCCUUGCAAAACAACUUGGAGGAGUUGUUGUCACUCUUGAUCUUUAUCAUGCCUGAUUUGUUUUCGGAGCACGAAGAGGUAUUGCGAACCAUGUUCAAAGUCAAGACCGAUGCUAAUAGCGAAAAGACUACACUGCUUUCACAGGAGCGUAUUGUUCGAGCACGACAUUUGCUGGCACCGUUUGUAUUAAGGAGGAAGAAAAUGCAUGUGAUUAGUAUGCCGCGUAAGGUGCAAAAGAUCAUUUUUUGCGACUUGCAUCCAGAUCAGAGGGUUCUUUAUGAUCGGAUCAUGGCCAGUUCUGCGAUGCAGGAGGCAUUAGCUGACGGUGCGGAAGACGGUAGCAGUACGUUAGACCCGAUUGAGCUGGACGGCCUCGACCCCAAAGCCCGCGCGAAGGCAUUGAAGAAAGUCGAAGCAGCCAAGAAGAAGAAGAUAGCAGCAGCAUCUACAAAAAAGAUGAAGGACCAGGUGGCGAAUAUGUUGAUGCAGAUGCGCAAGGCUGCAGAUCAUCCGAUGCUGUUCAGAGAGCUGUACACAGAUGAUAAAAUCAAGAAGAUUGCUAAAGCGAUCACAAAAGAGGUUGAGUUUUGUGACUCGAAUGUAGAUUUGAUUGAAGAGGAUAUGACGGUUAUGACAGACUUUGAAAUCCAUCGGAUGUGUAAGCAAUACAAGAGCAUCAAUAGGUUUGCUUUACCAGGGGAUCAAUGGAUGCAUGCAGGCAAAGUUAAGGUGUUGGAGACACUACUGCCCAAGAUUAUUAAUGAAGAAAAGUCGCGAGUGUUGAUCUUCUCACAGUUCACGAUGGUACUGGAUAUCCUCGAAUCGAUCCUUCAGACCAUGAAGCUAAAAUAUCUGCGGAUGGAUGGACAAACCAAAGUGGAUGAACGUCAGCCAUUGAUUGACUCGUUUAAUGAGGAUGACAGCUAUAAGAUCUUUCUGUUGUCCACAAAGGCUGGUGGAUUCGGUAUCAACUUGACAGGAGCUAAUGUUGUGAUCAUGUAUGAUCUUGAUUUCAAUCCUCACAAUGAUAAGCAAGCCGAAGACCGUGCUCAUCGUGUGGGUCAGACAAGAGAUGUGGAGGUAAUUAAGUUGAUAGCCAAAGGUACGAUUGAGGAACAAAUCUACCAACUCGCAAACCUCAAGCUGAAGCUGGAUCAGCAUGUCAGUCAGGAUGAAAGUGGAGGAUCAAUGCUGACAUCGGAAGCAUCAUCAGGUUCUUCGACCCCAAGUGCUGGAAUCUUGAGUUUGCUCAAGCAGAACUGGAGAGCAACUCUCAAUGCAGCAAAGGCCGGGCAACAGCAACAACCGGAAUACUCAAGUAGCAGUAGUAAUGGUGCCAUAGACACAACACUGUCGUCGAUAUUGGGCCAGAAGGUGCAGGAACAAGUUGAGAAUGGGAUGGAUGAUCAGGCCAUGAAUAGUGAAGGAAGAAGCAACAGUGAGGAUAGUAAAUCAAGAAGCACCACUUCUACUGUUGCUACUACAUCCACAGUUGCGAAAGCUGAUGCAUCGAACGCAAAGGAUAAAUCAUCAGCAUUUUCGUCCAGAAGGUCAUCAUUGUCAUCAUCAUCAUCGUUAUCAUUACCAGAUAGUCCAUAG